GUGAAACACAAUGUAAUGCAAUAAUCUCAUCCCCUAUAAAUACACGAGAAAGAAAUGAUCAAGUAUACACAUCUCAUAAAUUCCAAUUUCCAAAACUCAAAAUCCCUUCUUUAAUUGUAGCCCUCCCUCAUGGACUUCGAGUACUAUUCUAUCCUCCUCCUUAUUACCACUUUCGUGUUCGUGUUCUUGUUCGUGUUCGUGUUUCAUAAGCCGAAUAAAAAUCUCCCCCCGGGGCCGCGCAAGUUGCCUUUUAUAGGCAACUUGCACCUCCUCGCCGGCUCCGCUCCGCCCCACCACACUCUUGCAAACUUGGCCGCCGAAUACGGACCCUUGAUGCACCUAAAAUUAGGUGAAACCGACGCCGUAGUCGUCUCCUCACCGGAAACCGCAAAACUCUUCCUGAAAGAAAACGACGUCGUGUUUGCCUCCCGGCCGUCUCUCCUUGCCCCCGAGAUCAACUGCUACGGAAACACAGACAUCGCCUUCGCUCCAUACGGCGAUUACUGGCGACAGCUGCGCAAGAUCUGCUCGCUCCAGCUCUUCACGGCGAAGCGCGUGCAGUCAUUCCGGCCAAUCAGGGAGGAAGAAGUUGCAGACCUCUGCAAAUCGGUGGCUCUAAACGCGGGUUCGACGAUCAAUCUGACGGAGAAUAUCGGCACCACGAAUCUUAACAUCAUGGUUAGGGCAGCAUUUGGGAAGAAGGGUGGUGGAGAAAUAUGUGAGCAAAAUUCCAUCAUUAAAGAGGCUCAAGAAUUCCUCACUUGCUUCAACCUCGUUGAUGUGUAUCCUUCCAUGAGAUUCCUCAAGCUCUUCAGUGGGAUGAAGAGAAAGAUAGAGAAACAUCACCGGAAACUGAACAGGAUCACGGAGAGCAUCAUCGAGGAGCGAAGGCGAGCCCAUCAUGAUCGUGAUCGUGAUCUGCUCGACGUUCUCCUGAAAUUGCAAGGCGAUGGAUCGCUCCAGAUUCCGUUGACAACAGACAAUAUCAAAUCUGUUUUACUGGAUGGUGCUGGAGUUGAGUCAUCAACCACAGCAACAGACUGGGCAAUGGCAGAGAUGCUCAAGAAUCCUAGGAUUCUGAAGAAAGCUCAAGAUGAGGUGAGAAGCGUUUUCGAUGGCCAAAAAUAUGUAGAUGAAAGCCGCUUUCAUGAGCUAAACUACCUCAAAUUAGUCAUCAAAGAGACUCUCCGAUUGCACCCGCCGGGGCCUAUUUUACUUCCUAGAGAAAGCAGAGAGGCGUGCGCGAUUAAUGGGUAUCGAAUUCCGGCCAAAACAUGGGUACUGGUGAAUGCUUGGGCCAUCGGAAGAGACCCCAAGCAUUGGGAGGAUGCAGAGAGCUUCAAACCAGAAAGGUUUUUUGAAAAAAUAGUUGAUUUCAAGGCGAAUACAUUUGAAUACAUCCCUUUUGGUGGUGGAAGGAGGAUUUGCCCAGCCAUCGGUUUUGGGAUUGCUAGUAUAGAAAUCCAAAUGGCAAUGCUUCUCUACCAUUUUGAUUGGAUUCUGCCUCAUGGCAUGAAACCAGAAGAUGUGGAUAUGAAUGAAUCAUCUGGUUUGUCGGGGAAGAGAAAAUAUGAUCUUAGUGUGAUUCCUAUUAUUAGUAGGCCUUUGCAUUAGUAAUUAACAAAGUUUAUAGUUUGAUAUAGUUUAGAAUAAACCGUCAGUAUGGGCUAUGUUAUAAUUUUUCUAUUUUCGCUUGUCCCAUACGAAUGUAUCACGUUUGAGACAUGACUGCACUUUUUAUUUUAACCACAA